AGGAGAGUGGAAGAUUAAAUAAAUAAAUGAAGUAAUCUGGUUACUCUCUACUCCUUUAUGAGGUUGCAGGUCCCGAUGUUUGGGCACUCCGGGAGCUGCUCUCCAGCCCCUGAUUCUGAACCUAUGGAUUCUCCAUCUAGCGUUUCUUCCUACUCUCUUUAUUCCUCUUUUUCCACCUCCCCAGUGAACAGUGACUCUGGCUUCCCCUCCGAUAGUGAGAGGGAGGACAAGUGGGCCCAUGGCCCCAGGCCAGACACUGUUGGUCAGAGGGGAGGUUCUCGGCCCAGCCCUGGUCCUAUCCGCUGCAGGCAACGACCCAAGGUUUCCAGUAAGCAACCUACAGCAUCUCACUCGGAACAGCGGGGCUUGGCUUCUUCUAUGUCAGGAUCUGGGGUCAAAAGAUCAAGAGGUGGUGAAUUGGAGACCGGUCUAAACAUCCAGGGUUGUACCACAGAAGGAGACCUGCUCUUUGCUCAGAAGUGUAAAGAGCUCCGAGGAUUCAUACCCCCUCUCACAGACCUACUGAAUGGACUGAAGAUGGGUCGAUUUGAGAGAGGAUUGAGCAGUUUCCAGCAGAGCGUGGCAAUGGACAGGAUCCAGCGUAUAGUAGGUGUUUUGCAGAAGCCACAGAUGGGAGAGCGUUAUCUAGGAACCCUGCUACAGGUAGAAGGAAUGUUAAAGACUUGGUUUCCUCAUAUAGCUGCCCAGAAGUCAUCAUUGCAUAGUCAGCUGACCAAGCAUUCUCCAGGCCACCACAGUUAUCCAGCUGCUUCCUCUCCUGCACUUUCUGUGGAAAAGAUGGACCAGACACAGCUAGGACAGCUAAUAUUGAAACCAAAGCAGCCUUGGCACCUCACUGAAUGGCCAGCUAUGAACCUCACUUGGAUCCACACUACUCCAAUUUGCAAUCCCCCUCUCAGUUCCCCAGGUACCAUCUCCUUUAGCCAUGGUCCUUUAGGCACUGGAACCAGCAUUGGUGUCAUCCUUUUCCUCCAGCAUGGAGUACAGCCCUUCACCCACUCAGCCCCAACCACUCCAGUUCCAUCUACUACUACAGCAUCUCCUGUCAUCCCUGGUGAUCCUAAGAAACUCUCUGGAGAGGGGCCUUGUUGCCACAAUUUGCCAGUAACUCUGCCAUCAGACUGGAGCUGUACCCCAUCCCCUCCUGGUCUACCCACCAUGACCAGAGAGAUGACCGUGGGAGACCUAGAACAGAUGAGAAGCCACCCUUCUGUUGCUCCUGAUGUCCGUCCUCUCAAUCCCUAAUGCAGGACUUGAGACUGUAGUUUCUAAUUUGUGUAAAUAUAUGU